UGUGUUUGCUACCCUAAAAGUAGAAGCUGAACUCAUCUCAGAAGCUGAGGAAAAAGUAAAGGAGGGAGAUGAUGGAGAAAAGCCCCAGCAGCCCCCAACAGCCUCUGUGACCCAGCAAGAAGCCCUCAGUGUCCCUCUACCUACAGCUGCAGCAGACAGAGCCAAGGACAUGCAUACAACACCAAGAACACCUGCUAUGCAACGUUUCCACAACACCCUCUCUCUAGUUGAAGCAGAGGUCAUAGAACUCAGAGAGAACAAGCUUCAAGAGGAUGACACUGUCCAGAAACUGAAAGAAGAGAUGAAACAGUUCAGGGAGGAAAGCAGAGCAUCUAUUGCUAAAUUAAAAAGCAGAAUGGACAAACUGAGUCAGACAAAUGAUGACCUCAGAGACCAUCUGAGCACAACAAGAGAGGUACAUUGACACCCUCAACCAGCAGCUGGUCAUUAUGUCCUCUGCAUCUAGAGAACAUGUCCACCAGCUUGGUACAACACAGGUAGAAACUGAGACCAGCAUAACCAGCAUGGCCUCCACCACACAGCCUGAUGACACUGCACCAGCCUCCCAGUCUGAUCCAGCCCAGGUCAGUCUACCAGCCUCCCAGUCUGCUCCCGCCCAGGUCAGCCUACCAGCCUCCCAGUGUGCUCCAGCACAGUGUGCUCAAGCCCAGUUCAACCUACCAGCCUCCCAGUCUGAUCCCGCCCAGGUCAACCUACCAGCCUCCCAGUCUGCUCCAGCCCAGGUCAACCUACCAGCCUCCCAGUCUGCUCCAGCCCAGGUCAGCCAACCAGCCUCCCAGUCUGCUCCAGCCCAGGUCAGCCUACCAGCCUCCCAGUCUGCUCCAACCCAGGUCAACCUACCAGCCUCCCAGUCUGCUCCAGCCCAGGUCAGAAUACCAGCCUCCCAGUCUGCUCCAGCCCAGGUCAACCUACCAGCCUCCCAGUCUGCUCCAGCCCAGGUCAACUUACCAGCCUCCCAGUCUGCUCCAGCCCAGGUCAACCUACCAGCCUCCCAGUCUGCUCUAGCCCAGGUCAACCUACCAGCCUCCCAGUCUGCUCCAGCCCAGGUCAACCUACCAGCCUCCCAGUCUGCUCCAGCCCAGGUCAGCCUACCAGCCUCCCAGUCUGCUCCAGCCCAGGUCAGCCUACCAGCCUCCCAGUCUGCUCCAGCCCAGGUCAACCUACCAGCCUUCCAGUCUGCUCCAACCUCCCAGUCUGCUCCACCUAGACAAUCACCCACAACUGCAAUCUUUAUCGAUUCAAAUGGGAAGUUCUUGGUCCAGGAAAGAUUAUUCCCUAGACACCAGGUGUAAAAGUUAUGGUGUCCUACAACUGAGAGUGCAAUGCAGCUACACAGUCAGACCAGGAUUGACACCCCUGACAACAUCAUCAUCCACACCGGCACAAACGACCAUCGUGCCAAAGGUGAAAAUGUAUCUGGGGCAGUGAGAAGAGUGGCAGAACGGGCCCAGGCUAUGUUCCCAACAACCAAUCUAGUUGUUUCCACCCUCCUACCAAGAAAACACUUCCCAGGACAGUUGAUUGACAAAAUAAAUCAACAGAUCUUGAUCAGGAGAGUGUCAGAACCUUUGCUAAGGACCUUAAGGAUGCAACACUUGGCAGGGACCCACACACACAUCACCCCAGCAGCAGAGACAUUUACAUUUACAUUACAUUUACCUCAUUUAGCAGACGCUCUUAUCCAGAGCGACUUACAAAUAGGUGCAUUCACCUUAUAGCCAGUGGGAUAACCACUUUACAAUGUUUAUUUAUUAUUAUUAUUUUUUUUAUUUUUUUGCGGGGGGGGGGUUGGCUUGGAGUAAAGGGGGGGGUAGAAGGAUUACUUUAUCCUAUCCCAGGUAUUCCUUAAAGAGGAAUCGUGAGGGAGCUUGUUCCACCAUUGGGGUGCCAGAGCAGCGAGCAGUUUUGACUGGGCUGAGCGGGAACUAUGCUUCCGCAGAGGUAGGGGAGCCAGCAGGCCAGAGGUGGAUGAACGCAGUGCCCUCGCUUGGGUGUAGGGACUGAUCAGAGCCUGAAGGUACGGAGGUGCCGUUCCCCUCACAGCUCCGUAGGCAAGCACCAUGGUCUUGUAGCAGAUGCGAGCUUCAACUGGAAGCCAGUGGAGUGUGCGGAGGAGCGGGGUGACGUGAGAGAACUUGGGAAGGUUGAACACCAGACGGGCUGCAGCAUUCUGGAUGAGUUGUAGGGGUUUAAUGGCACAGGCAGGGAGCCCAGCCAACAGCGAGUUGCAGUAAUCCAGACGGGAGAUGACAAGUGCCUGGAUUAGGACCUGUGCCGCUUCCUGUGUAAGGCAGGGUCGUACUCUCCGAAUGUUGUAGAGCAUGAACCUACAGGAUCGGGUCACCGCCUUGAUGUUAGCGGAGAACGACAGGGUGUUGUCCAGGGUCAUGGAACGGGCAGUCCUUCCCCGUGAGGAAGAGCAGCUCCGUCUUGCCGAGGUUCAGCUUGAGGUGGUGAUCCAUCAUCCAUACUGAUAUGUCUGCCAGACAUGCAGAGAUGGGAUUCGCCACCUGGUUAUCAGAAGGGGGAAAGGAGAAGAUUAGUUGUGUGUCGUCAGCGUAGCAAUGAUAGGAGAGGCCAUGUGAGGAUAUGACAGAGCCAAGUGACUUGGUGUAUAGCGAGAACAGGAGAGGGCCUAGAACUGAGCCCUGGGGGACACCAGUGGUGAGAGCACGUGGUGCGGAGACAGCUUCUCGCCACGCCACUUGGUAGGAGCGACCGGUCAGGUAGGACGCAAUCCAAGAGUGAGCCGCGCCGGAGAUUGCCCAGCUCGGAGAGGGUGGAGAGGGCUGGUUCACAGUAUCAAAGGCAGCAGACAGGUCUAGAAGGACAAGAGCAGAGGAGAGAGAGUUAGCUUUAGCAGUGCGGAGAGCCUCUGUGACACAGAGAAGAGCAGUCUCAGUUGAAUGACCAGUCCUUGAAACCUGACUGGUUUGGAUCAAGAAGGUAAUUCUGAGAGAGAUAGCAGAGAGUUGGCUAAAGACGGUCACGCUCAAUAGUUUUUGGAGAGAAAAAGAAGAAGGGAUACUGGUUCUGUAGUUGUUGACAUCAGAGGGAUCGAGUGUUGGUUUUUUGAGAAGGGUUGCAACUCUCGCUCUCUUGAAGACGGAAGGGACUUAGCCAGCGGUCAAGGAUGAGUUGAUCAGCGAGGUGAGGUAGGGGAGAAGGUCACCGGAGAUGGUCUGGAGAAGAGAGGAGGGGAUAGGGUCAAGCGGGCAGGUUGUUGGGGCGGCCUGCCCGUCACAAGUCGCAAGAUUUUAAUCUGGAGAGAGAGGGGAGAAAGAGUCAAAGCGUAGGGCAGUGUGAGCAGGACCAGCAGUGUCAUUUGACUUAACAAACGAGGAUCGGAUGUCGUCAACCUUCUUUUCAAAAUGGUUGACGAAGUCAUCCACAGAGAGGGAGGAGGGGGGGGGGGGAUUCAGCAGGGAGGAGAAUGUGGCAAAGAGCUCCUAGGGUUAGAGGCGGAUGCUUUGGAAUUUAGAGUGUAUAAAAUGGCCUUGGAGAAAACAGAUGAGAAAUUGAAAGGGUGAAAAGAUCUUGGAUUUUUUUUUUGGGGGGGGGGGGGGUUUUUUUUUCCCCCCACUUUUUUUCCCCAAAUUUCCUCCUCUUCCCCUUAAUUUUUCCAUUUUUCCUUUCCUGCCUUUGGCUUUUAAAGCCCUUUGGAGGUGAUUGGUUUUUGCUAAACCGGGAGUUUAAAGGAAACCCCCCCAAAGAAAAAAGGGAGCCCCCCCCAGCCCCCCACUCCAAAUAAAGCCCAACCAAACCCCUUUCCACCCCGGGAAAACCCCAGGCCACCCACCUGAGGAUUAAACCCCACCCCCCAACCCCCCCGCCCAACCAACCCCCCAGCCCCCCCCGGGCCCAGCCCCCCAGGGUAAACACCAGCCCACCCCACCCCCCACAAAGGAAAUCCCAGGAAACCCCCACCCACCCCACACCCCCCGGACCCAACCCCGCCAGAACCAAAACCCCCGGGGCCACCCCCCCACCCCGAAGCCAAAACCCGAAUAG